AACGGACAAGCUCUCCUUCCUCCGCCGCCGCUCCUCAUUCCACUGAUCCAAAAGCCUUCUUCCUCCUCUUCUGAUUUGGAGUAAUCCACAGCAGUGGUCGCCUCUCGCGAGUUCGUCCAUCUUCUUCCUUCCCUGCCGUCUGUCUAUCGCAGCAGACCUAGGGUUUGGAGCAGGGGACCUUGCCGCGCCAACUCAUUGAAACGACGCUUCAAAUUAUUUGGAGCAGGGGACCUUGUCUCAAUCUCUUCGUUGUUGCAAUGUUGUGUGUUGAGGGAAGUGACGUGUCGAAGGAGAUGUUUGGAAGUUGUGCAGGGAUUGUUUGACAUAUACUAGUCUAGAUCUGAUUUGUAGGCUUGAAGACCAAGAAUUUGCGGGGUGCGGUGCAUACAACUGAAGCCAUUCAACACUGACACCCCCUCUUGUUCUCUUUUACGGUUCCUACUCCUCUCUGUCUUGACUGUAUUUUGUGUGAAUUAAAUUGCAAACGACGAUGAAGCGUGAAAGAUUGAGGCUUGGUGAGCACGUAUCCCCUGACGUUCCCCCCGCAUUGGAUUUCAAGUCACGUCUGUGUGAGAUGGCUAGAAUCUGGGUAGAAAGAGAAGAUGUUAAAUGUAUGCAAUAUAUGGAUCAGAAAAAGAAGUAUUUGCACUGCAUUUCUGAAGUAGAAAAAUUGCAGAAAUAUGAAAGUUUAAAAGAAGAUUAUAAAAUAAAAUUGGAGGAGCUUGAGAAAAAUCAGAUGUUGUUCUGGGUGGAAACGAAUGAGACGGUGCACUUAAUGUCGAAGACAAUGGCAUUAUUGGAGAACAAGUAUAAAGAUAUUCCAGAAAGUGGUUAUUAUAAUGGAGAGCAAAUUAAUGAAGAGGAACUUAAAGCAGCUAAUGAAGUUCAACCUCAAGCUAAUGAACAGCAACCUGAAGUAGCAAAUGUAGUGCAACUUGAAGCUACUGAAGAGCAACAUGAAACUGUAAAAGAAGUGCAACCUGAAGCUAUUGAAGAGCAACCUGAUGAAGAGCAACUUGAGGCUAAUGUUUUUGAAGGAGGUGAUGAAGUUGGUCCAAGAAGAAGUAAGAGGAAGAAAAAUAACUGAAUGACUUUCUGUUUUUCUAUACUAGGUGUGAUGGAUUGUUUAGGUUAAUUAAAACACGAAUUUAUUUUGUCUACUGUAGAGAGCUUACUAUGCUUGAAACUAUGCUUGUUUUGUUAGAGGCAUUAGAUAUAUCUUUGUUUUGUUAAAGAGACAAUUGAGGAUAUCUUGUUACUUCAAUUGAUUUGUCUGUUUUCAUUUUCCUUA